AUGGAGGAGAAAGAAAGUGAUUCUUCGUUUGUUUAUGUCAAUGGUGAGAAGUUUAAUCUCCUCGAGGAUGGUCGUCUAGCUUUGUAUCCGAGACUUCCUGAGGGGACUCUCCUCUUUGAUCCAGGUAACGUCCCACCACAGGAAGUACCGUUAUCUACUGAUGCUACAGAGCGUGGUGUCACUGCAUGCAGAUUACUUCCAUAUGCGCAUUACGAGGCAUACGUACCCGAUCCCGCAACUGGUGAUCUUGUCCCCGUCACCGGCGGUUAUGUUUGCGCGUAUGUAUCGAAUUUACCCCCGAACACAACAGCUGAAAUGCUCGGGCGCUUUUUUGAAGCAUUCGACAUGGUAGCGGAAGCCGACAUCUUUACGGAUCCCACAGGUGCGUGCACGGGACGCGGUUGGGUCGUGUUACAGGAUCCCGCAAAGUUGCUUUUAGUACCGCCUGUCAUGGAAUUUUUCCCCCGCAACUUCAUACAUGUCGCCCUUAGUGACAUCAUUCCCACACCCGCAAUGUUCCGAUCAAUCACUGAAUCGUUGUUACAACCGCCUAGUUCAGUCGCUGACCUCGGACCUCAGUUGAAAGCGUGUAUUGAUCAGUGUGGGAACGGGAAACACGUUAACAACACGGAAGUGCGGAAGGGUGAUGGAUUGGCAACCAUGCCCAUUCUUCAUGCACCACUGGACACGAGUGUUGUAAACUUGGACGCUUAUUACUUUGUUGUGGUGAUGUCGAGAGAGGAUGCUGAGAGGUCCGUCGAAGCCGGUUUUUUUCGAACUGAGCCAGAGAACCAGCGUGCUUUUUAUAAAGUAAUGGACAGGGGACCAGUUAUAAUUAUCGUUGUUCUGCAGCGGUGCUCCGCUGUAUUUGGUUUUGGUCAACUUCUUUCACCCGUUGACGAUGGUACCGGUGAUUCGCUUUGUUUCAUACAGUGGAUGAAGCAUGGCGUGUUCCUUGAGGAAACUGAUUUAAGGGGUCCGCAGAGCGUUCCACUUUCGAAGAUGCGGGAUGGAAUUCCAUUGAAACCGGAGAUAGGGGAGGGUAUAUGUUACUUGGCGAGUGGUUAUUUACCAACAGCGGCUGUGCAGGACAUGUCUAAACGAGAUGCGCGCCAUGGGAGGCAGCGUCCAGCGGUGGGUUUAACACCUCGCCAAACAGGCGGGAGGCAAAUGGUGCGACCACCUCUUCUGCCGGUGCCACGGGGUCAAAUGAUUGCUGCUCAGAAUUACGUUAAGGGACCUCCAGUGGGUCGUAACGGAGGUUAUGGUGGGGGUAAAGCAGUCCUGAACCCUCGUCGGCAGUUUUAA